CAGACUGUGACUGACCUAUACGCGUGCAUUUGGCCGUCAUUCCCAGACGGGGGUGGGGAUGACGGGACUGGCUGCAGUGCUGAUGCUAAUGGCAUCACAGGGAAAAAGGAAGCACUGUAGCAUCAAAGAGCGUGCAACAUCCCUGGAUUCUGGUUGCAGGGAGAGCUUUGGAGCCUCAGGUGACUAGAUCCUCUGCCUCGCUCUCACCACAGGUACGGUCUCUUCCCCGAACAAAGAUGGAUGAAGACAUGUGGAAUGAAAGGCCUCCACCACCAGAAAUGCCAAGCAGAAGACUAGUAUAUCCUCAAAAAGUGCCCUUGCAAAGCAUCUCUGUAGCUGUGGCGAUCAAAGGCUUCGUGGCAGAUGUUGUGUCUGAACUUCAUUACAAGAAUGAGGAGAAGAUCCCUCUGGAGGUUGAAUUUGUCUUUCCCUUGGAUGCUGAUGCUGCUGUCUACGCCUUUGAGGGCCUAAUGGGUGAGACAAAAAUUGAGGCCCAGAUCAUGGAGAAGGAACAGGCACAGGCAUUGUAUGAAGAUCGGUUGGCCAUGCUCGAAGCAUCUGUGCUGUUUGUGAGGGACCCCAAAUCCAGAGACAUUUUCAAAUGCAUGCUGGGUAAUCUUCCACCAAGUGGAGAGGCCACACUGAAACUGUGCUAUGUCCAGGCACUUGCUCCUGAGCCUGAUGGGGCAGUCCGCUUUGUUCUGCCAGUUGUGCUGAAUCCUCGCUAUGCACUUCAGGGGUCAGAAGAGAGCAGCUUCGUACAGGACAUACCACGAGUGCCUGAGAGGGAGCUCCCCUACAAGCUCAGCCUCAGUGCUACACUGCAUUCUCCAUAUGGAAUCUCUCAUGUGAAGUCAAAUUGCACCCUCACACCCCUGCAGUAUGCAACAGAAGACCACACUACAGCCCAGAUUUCCCUCACUGAAGGAUACUGCCUUAAUCGAGAUGUGGAGCUGCUGAUAUAUUACAAGGAGGUGGUUCGUAAGCCCAGUCUCCUGCUAGAGGUUGGGAAGCCAGGAGCAGAUCCAGGUUCACUGAUGGGAGACCACGUGCUUUUGCUUACCCUGUAUCCCAGUCCUCCUGCCCCAAAGCCAGGCCUGAAUACAACAGGCGAAUUCCUGUUCUUGAUGGAUUGCUCUAGCAGCAUGAGCUACAGCACCAGAAGUAACUCUGAAGCCACAACCCGCAUUCAGAGUGCCAAGGAGACCCUGAUUUUCCUUUUGAAGAGUCUUCCUCUGGGAUGUUACUUCAACAUCUAUGCAUUUGGAUCCUCCUAUUACUCAUUCUACCGGAAGAGUGUAAAGUACACACAACAGACCAUGUUGGAGUCCCUGCGGGGGGUGUUGGACCUGCAGGCUAAUUUGGGUGGCACAGAGAUUCUGCAACCACUGAAGGCCAUUUACAGCCAGCCAUGUAGAGAAGGAUAUGGCCGUCAGGUCUUUGUAUUCACAGAUGGAGAGGUAUCUAACAUAGAUGAGGUCAUUGCUGAAGUUCAGAGUCACAGUAAGUCCCACAGAUGCUUCUCCUUUGGGAUUGGUGAAGGGACUUCCUCAUACUUCAUAGGUGGCAUUGCUGAAGCAAGUGGUGGCAGAGCUGAAUUCAUCAGGAGCAAGGAGCAAAUGCAGGCCAAGGCACUGCGAUCUCUGAAGUGUUCUCUGCAGCCGGAAGUGAAACACAUUAAACUAGAGUGGCAUUUGCCUCCUGGCCUCGAGGCUGUGCUUCUGGGGUCAAGCACUCAGGCCAUCUUUGCAGGGGAACGCUGCCUCAUGUACGCUCAGAUCUGCGGGCAGCAACAGACCUCUGACCUCCCAGAGGGUUCUGUUGUGCUCCAGUACAGCAUGCAAGGCCAGACUUUCACAGAGAAGAUGGACUUUCGACUUGAGGCAGAGGAGAAUGACAGGCUUCCUGUUCACCGACUGGCAGCUCAGGCUGUUUUGAAAGAACUGGAGGAAACAAGAUCGACAGCAAAGCAGCAGCUGGUGCUGGAGACCAGCCUGAGCUCUGGGGUGCUGUCUGCUCAGACUGCUUACGUGGUAGUGAAUAUGGAACGGGGCGAGCCGCUUCAAGCCCCUGUUGAAUUCAGAGAGAUUCCAUAUCCAAAUAGCUCUGUGUGGGCUGCUAUACUCCAAAGUGAUCACUGCUGUUAUGAAUAUAAGUGCGAACCUUCCAGAUGUGAGAGUAUUUUGCGGAGAGCUUUAGAAUUUUCCUCAAAGCUCUAUUUCUCAGCAUCCACCCUUUUUGCCAGCAGUACCAGAGGUUGGAGAAGUUAUUCCACUACUGGAGAGUUCCUUAAUGCUCAAAAUGCAGUGUUUGACCAUGCCAGUCUCCCAACAAAUGAAUCACUUCUCUUGAGGCUAGUCUCCCUGCAGAAUGCUGAUGGUUCCUGGUCCCUUGAUGCCAACCUGCUCAGCAUACUAGGUCUGGGUGAAGCAGAGAUUCUGGGGAAAAUGCCUACUCAGGUGCUCCAAACUGCAUGGACAACAGUUCUUGUCGUUCUCUGGCUACAUGUCCACUUUGCAGAACGUAGUGAUAUCUGGCAGCUAUUAGAGGCAAAAGCCGUGGGAUGGCUCCAUGAGAGCACAGGGCCUAAACUUGCUGAGUGUGUGAAGGCUGGGAAUACCUUCUUGGGAUGUGACGUCAGUGCUGAGGUCUUUGGGCUCUGAGCUUCCCCCUCUUGCCAGCAUAAUCCUUAUAUAUGUCACUGGAGUUUUGGCACUUGCUUUUUCUUCCCUUCAAGAGUAUCUCAUUGUUCCAUCUGCAUGCCUAUUGUACUUUCAUGAGCCUUCUGUCUUUUGGACUUACUUCAGAUGUGUCUCUUUUCCUCAAUAGGGCAUCAGUUCUUCAAAGAUGCUUUAACUUACUGCAGUAAUAUCAGUGAUGUUCCCUAUGCACUCCAUUCAUAAACAUGUACUGAGAGAGCGGAAAGAGAACUGUAAUAGGCAACUGGAUUGUGUGUGGGAAAUGUUUUGGGAGAACAUGUUCACAGUUUGAGUUAGGGGUUGGGUGAGUUUCAAUAAAGAAAAAGGUGUGCAGGUAUUUUAUGCAAAGUGCCUCAAUGUUGUUUGGUCAUAUGAAGUGUAGGCAAAGGACUUAUCAAUUGAUAUGUCAUGGUGAGCUACAAAUCCCAUGAUGCUUUUUUUUUUUUAAAAUAAUAUUUAUUGAGUUUCCAAAAAUUUAAACACUACAAACAAAGAAGCAAAAAGAAA